AUGGCCACUGAGCUCUGUCCCCCGUUCUUCGGCUCCUUAGGCUGCACUUCAGCCAUCGUUUUCACCUGCUUUGGAGCCGCCUAUGGAACUGCUAAGGCUGGCGUCGGAGUUUGCUCCAUGGGUGUCCUCCGCCCCGACCUGAUCGUUAAGAACAUUGUUCCUGUCGUCAUGGCUGGUAUCAUUGGUAUUUACGGUCUCGUCGUGUCGGUCCUUAUCGCAAACAACCUGAGCCAGAAGGUUCCCCUCUACACAGCAUUGGUUCAGUUGGGAGCCGGUCUCGCUGUCGGUCUUGCUGGUUUGGCUGCCGGCUUUGCCAUCGGUAUCGUCGGAGAUGCUGGUGUCCGCGGAACAGCCCAGCAGCCAAGGCUCUAUGUCGGCAUGAUUCUGAUUCUCAUUUUCGCUGAAGUUCUGGGUCUUUACGGUCUCAUUGUCGCUCUUCUCAUGAACUCCCGUGCCACCCUUGACGCCAAUUGCGCUUAG